AUGAUGCCGAUGCAACGCAUAAACUUUGGAGAUCUAAACGACGGCAUUGACUGGGUGAACGCCCUCCCCCCUCAUAUUGUUGCACAACAAGAACGUAACCUGGCCCUACGCGCGAGAGAGCAGCCGCCUUCCUUAUUUAUGACGUGGCCUCUUCCGGAGGACAGUUUCCCUGUCCCAUCGUCAGUGCGAACGAGGCGAGAGCCUGAAGCCCGUGGUACAGGGGCUCAGGGCAGCAUUAGUCGACGUGGCGUGACAAACUUGCAAGUGGGGACCGUUCGACCGCAACGGGGUAGAGCACAACUGAGUCAGACUUUCU